UGACGUAGAGAAUCGAGCGGGGCGGGGCUAGUAGUUCGUGUUCAGUCUCCAGUGGAUCACCGACAGAGCCGGUCUGUCUGUCUGUCUUUCAUUCAUCACCGGAACUGUGCAGCUCGGUACCGUCUACCAUCCUGUCUCCUCCGACAAGCGACACCAAGGACACCACCGCCGGCCAUCAUCCGCGGCGGGGCUGCGUGGGAAAAAUGACAUGGAGCCUGCUAUCGCGCAACAGAGUGGUAUGCUUAUGUCUUUGCGUCAGCAUGGAGCCUACUGGCAUGAAGCACUGGAGCCAAGGAUCUACCCAGGAGACAUGAAUGAUUUUGGUGUCCAUGUUCUCAUCACUUGACCAACAGGAUAAUCUACUGAAGACAUGUUAUUUCAAGAUGAAGAUUGAUACCAGCCUGACUAUGCCCCAGCUUCCAGAGGCCCUGUCCCAGGCAGGCCUUCAGUUUGCUGUGGCCACUGAGGAGGACUUCGAUGAGAUCAUGGCUAUGAGCCAGGACAUCUAUGGAGGCCUUGACUACCUGCCAACUAGAUACACCAGCUGGCUGCAGGAGACCAACCGCACAGUCAUACUGGCCCGCAAACAGGGAAAAGUGAUUGCUCUGGAGUCGGUGUGUGUGAUUGACGAUGGUGAGACAAUGCUGGUGGAAGGACUCCGUGUUGCCCCUCAGGAAAGGGGCAAAGGUGUGGCAGGAGUUCUGCUGCGCUUUUGCUCUGAGCUGGUCAAGUCCAAGUACCCAGAAGUCAAAGUAACCCGCUUGACCCGUGAUGAUCAGCUUGGACCCAAGGAUUUCCAGAAGUAUCGCAUCAUAACCAAGCAGGGUAUUCUGCUGGUGCGCUUCAGAGCUGAAGACCUCAAGCUCCGUCUGUCUGAGCUUGGUCUGGGUGGAGACAUCCAAUCCUCUUUGUCCAACUCCCCCUCCAACCCUCCUCUGGUGCGUCUUGACCAUACAGCUAUCCACCGGCUGUAUCUGACCACUGACCUAAUGCAGGGGGUCCUUCCUAAUGCCACCAUUAUUCAAGAUUGGCAGCCAUUCAAGCCUUUGCCAAGUAACAUGGCCAUCCUACUGAAGAAGGACAUUGACUGGAUGGUAGAUGAUGUGUCCAACCCUACUGUGGCCAGCCUCUGUACCUUCCCUUUCAAGGUGCCCAUUGGAGAUGACUGGUAUUACCUCAACAUUGACAUGUUCGGUAAAGACCUGGACCUGGCUCGGCAACAGUUCUUGUGCCACCUGCAGCGUCACACCGCCACCCUGAAGGGUCAUGUGAUGUGCCAGAUGUUCCUGGAUCCACCUCUCUGGAAGCCCAUGGCUGAAUUCUGCCACAACUCCUUGAGUGUGGAGCUGGUGAAGGAGUAUACUGAGCAAUGCGUAGUGGAGUCAGACAUUGUGUAGUUACAGAAGGUGGAUGGAAAGGAGUAGAAGAUGAAGGAGCUAGAAAGGAAUGAAGACAAGGGUAUAGACAACAAGGAAUGGACACAACUCAAUUACACUUAACAGAAAAACACAACCCUCUGUGCUGAGGAAACAGAAAUCAAGCAAACAAAAUGUAGUUUCUACAAAACAAAACAAUUUCUCAGAAUGCAGUAAGUUAGAUUUAACAAUACAUAAACAAAUAGACGGUGUGGACAUAAAAUCAUAAACACAUCAUAUAAUUAGCUACAAUAGGUCUGUGACAAAAAGUACAUUUGUAAAGAUUCUAAUAUUCCAUUGGUGUCAGAGAUGCGCUGAUACAACCUUAGUCAUUUUUAAGUACCAUUUUUUAAGGCUGUAGUUUUGAGGUGUACUUAAUAUUUUGUGCCCCCAAUAUACAUAAAGAGGGAUGACUUAAUAACAUAAACACAGUUUAGUAGAGGUCUAUCACCGGAUCUAUAACAGACCUGUGGAAAACAUAACCAAACCCAAAGUUUAGUUUCAAAAAAGAAGAGACCCAAUCUGAAAGGGAUUCUGAGGGCAGUUAGCACUGUCAAGAUGGUUUACAAUUGGUCAACAGUGCAAAUUUGUUUGUCAGAGUUCACCAAUGUUGAGCUCUGUAUGAAAGCCACAGCAAGUAAAUUCAGAAUCCUGCAAUUCCACUGAAAGAAAUAGAUUUUGGUCCAAAAUAUUGCUGAUAUAAAUGCUGAUGUGACUGGGCCCUAAUGAUGUCCAGUGCAACAACACUACAAAUUAUAGCCUUAAAAGUGACCAUGGAUAAUCACCAUGUUAGUUUAGCCUGAAUUUAAGUUUUAUUACAAUGAUAACUGGUGUUUUUGAUAUUAUGUCCACCUUCUGUAUGUCAUAUGACAUGGAAAGGUGUAAUAAGAGAGAUGAGCUUGGGGAAGCUUUCUAACACCGGUAGCAGUGAUGUAACCUAAAACCUAAAAACAGUCAACAUGCAAAUGCUAUAUACUAAAAGUACCCUUAGGGCAUCUCAAACCUUUCAUCUCUGUUUUUUUCUGUAAAUAUCAACCUUCUAAAUAUGUACACAAGCUGAGUUGGGUUACUAAAUCUGCACAACUCUGAAGGCACUUUAUUAAAACGACACAGACAGGUUGUGUCUAUGUUAAAAUGAAAAGGAAUAGUUCAGGAUCAAAUAGGGGCAAUUUACAGAUCCCAUCACUCUAAUGUUGAUAGGUGCAUCGAUUCACUAGUAUUACCUUACAACAAAUCUCUGCAGAAACAACAAAGUCUGUUAGUGAAAUGAACAUCUCAGUCACAAAAUGGCUGACAAUUUAUCCUUCGUUAUGGUCAAGCUUAUGUCUUAGCUUUUGUUUUUUUCACCCAAAUAUUUGACUGUAUAUAUAUGUUACUAAUUUAAUAUUUUCACUUAAAUGCUGCAAUAAAAUUUUAAGAAAUUAUUAACUUCUGAAGCUGUAAGUGAAAUCUAGGCUUACUUUUGUAGAUUGCUAGCAUAAUGCCAAACAAAAUGCUAAUGCUUGAAAAUGUGAAACAGACUACUGUGCGAUUUACUACUGACUUCAUCUAAUGCAGGGAGAAGGAGUAGAAUGAAAAUAACUGUGUUAGAGUUAACAGAAAUAUACUGUUACUGUUAUAAAUGUUUUAACCAUCACUAAUAUUAGCUAGCAAAAACCUUUUGAAAAAUAGUAUUCCCUGUGACCAUGCAAGACCAGUGUUUAGAGAAGGUUCAGCCAUGUUAGAGCAAACUAAUCUCAAAUUUAUUAUCUAUACAUGAACAGAAUAUUGUGGAUUAUACCAUGGCCAAAGACAGUGCUAAUUUCUGCUCGUCUGGCACUUGUCCAUAAAAAUCAGGACAUCUCAAACAUAGUUAAAGUCAGCAGUUUAUUUAGUAAGGUGUUGGUUCUCCAUGAGCCUCCAGAACAGCUUUAGUGCUCCUUGUCAUAGACUCACAUUUGGUGAGGGAUUUUAAACCUGUCGGUGUAUGAAACUGGAACAAACAUAGCAACAUUAAUGACACUAUGUUACCAGUUAACUCAGUUGUGAAAGUAACCAUACAACUGAUAACAAUGUAAACUCUGGCUCAGUUUUUUAGCCAUGCUACCUUCAUGGCUCUAUGGAUGACAAUGUUGGUUGGUAUGUUGGUCUACCUCUUUUGUCCAGACUAAAAUAUCUUGACAACUAUUUGAUGGAUUGUCAUGAAAUUUGGUACAGACAUUCAUGGACCCCAGAGGAUGAAUCCUAAUGACUCUGGUAAUUCCCUGACUUUUCAUUGUCCCACCAGUAGGUUAAAGUUUUUACUUAUCCAGUGAAUAUCCCUAUCCCUAAUAACCCUAACAUCUAUGAUAUGGAUUGGCCCAAUUUAGUACAGACAUUCAUGUUUCCCUCAGGAUUAAAGGUGCUAUUGAUAACAAUGAUAACAUCUAGCCACUAGAUGACACCCUCCCCCUCCCCCCUUCCAUCACAUCUGAUACACAUCUUCGUUAUAACUUUACAUUGUUUGAGGGAACUAUAACCUUAGGUAACUGGACGCAACCGUCACUAAUGCUAACAUAGCACCUCAGGGAUUGAAGCUGUUAUUUUUCAAAUUUUGACAAUCUAACCGGUGACAACACAUUAGGUAAGGUUGUAAGGCCUAUGGCUGUCGGUAGUUGCUGUUUAUUUUGUUUAAAUAUGUAGAACUGUAAUUUUAUGGGUUAUUGUUGUUUGGACUAUUAAGCUAAGAUAGGCUAAUAGGCUAUGUGCUAACGUCAGUGUCCGUUUUUUUGUUCGUCCGUUUUAACUGGCAACUAUACCAUGUGACCAACGUCGUAAUAUUAUUGGCUCACAAGCCAAGA